AUGAUCGGCCACCCCAAGCACGUCCAGAAGGCCCUUGAUGUUGGCGUUGAUAUUAUCUGCGCCCAGGGUGGUGAGGGCGGUGGUCACACCGGCGAUGUCCCUACCACUGUCCUCAUCCCCACCGUUGCCAAGUUGGUCGAGGGCAAGAAGAGCCCUCUGACUGGCCAGCCCGUGCAGGUCAUCGCGGCCGGUGGUCUUUUCAACGGUAACUCGGUUGCUGCUGCCCUUAUGCUCGGCGCCUCCGCUGUCUGGAUUGGUACCCGCUUCAUCCUGUCUGAUGAGGCCGGUGCCCCUGUCGCUCACCAAGAGGCCGUCCGUACCUCCAACUUCGAGGAUAACAUCCGUACUAUUAUCUUCACUGGUCGUCCCCUCCGUGUUCGCAAGAACCCUUACAUCGUCAACUGGGAGGAGAACCGCCACGAGGAGAUCAAGCAACUCACCUCCAAGGGUAUCAUCCCCGUCGAGCACGAUAUGGAGAACCUGCCCGAUGAUGUCGAUGAUGACACUUUGGACAAUGCCCGUCCUUUCUUGAUGGGCAAGGUUGCCGCCGUUGUCAACGAGAAGAAGUCUGCCAAGGCUAUCGUUGAUGAGCUCGUCGGAGAUGCCGCUGUUCUGCUCCAAAAGGGCAACAAGAUGGUUGCUAAGCUGUAA